GCAAAUGGCUUUGGGACCUUCAGUAGCAGCCAUGAAGGCACCCGGUCAAGGCUGUAUGCCUUGCGAGUUGAGGAUGGUAAGAUUGACUUGCCUGAGAAUGCCUCCUAUAAAGAGGAAGCCAUGGAACCACCCAAGGUGAAAUCCAAAGCCAAAGGCAAGGUGCUGGAAUCUUUGAUGAUUCUGUACAACGAAGGCGCUGGUGUGGGUGAGGAGUUGCGAAAAUAUGCCAUCACAGAGAUCAGAG